AUGGUCCGACGAAGUGGUCGUGCAUCGGCAGCGUCGGUCAACUAUGCCGAGCCUGAUCUGCCUAUCGAGGCCGUAGUUAUCGAGCCUCCCGCUCCAUCACUCAAGCGCGGUCGCAAGUCCGCAAAAGACGAGGCAAGCAGCUCUUCGACCAAAGCGAUAUCUCGCAAGGUAGCAGAUAAGAUCGUCAAAGAAGCCGUCUCACCGCCGCCAACACCGCCAAGGAGCGAAUCGUCCGGCCUGUCCUCCGCCGAAGAAGAGGAGAAGCCCGCCAAGAAGAAGCGUGCCAAAGCACCCAAGAAGGAGAAGGUAGAGACUCCAACACACUUCGAAACUCGCGUCAAUGUUCACGGCGAAGAGUAUCAGAUCGAGCUAGAUGAGGAAGGCGAUCCUGUCAAGAGGGACAAGAACGGACGCCGCCUACCCAAGCGCAAGAAGAAGGAAGUCGUGUACGAGAUUCCAGACGUUCCUCAAAGGGAUUUCCGGCUAGAAGGCCCACCGGAGAAGCGGCAAGAGCGCAGCAACGGCUUCACUGGCGAGCUCGGCUACGCCUGUCUCAACACCGUUCUCCGAUGGCAAGACCCCGCCGUCUUCUCCAGCCGCACCGCCCGUAUCAAGACCAUGGACGAGCAGGGCCCCGAAUAUAUCAAGGAGCUCGGCCGGCUCAACGCUCGCGACAUGAUCCCCAUGAUCCUGUGGAACGAGGAAAACGGCAUCAAGUUCAUGCGUCUGUCCUCGGAAGUGUUCCCCUUUGCUUCGCACGAGAAAUACGGUUACUCGCUCGAGUAUGCCGAGAAGGAAUUGGGCGCAGCAGGUGAUCUUGCAAAGAAGCUGGGCCACCGACUGACGAUGCACCCUGGUCAAUUCACGCAGCUGGGCAGCAACCGACCUGAGGUGAUCGAGGCGAGUUUCCGGGACCUCAAGUCGCACUGCGAGAUGCUGGAUCGCAUGGGGUUGGGCAAAGACAGCGUCAUGAUCAUCCACGGAGGAGGCACUUUCGGUGAUCGGGAGGCCACGCUCGACCGCAUCCGCGAGAACUACAAGCGUCUGCCACAGAACGUCAAGGAUAGGCUGGUGCUCGAAAACGACGAGAUGGCGUAUAGCACCGAAGAGCUUCUUCCGCUGUGUAAGGAGCUCGACAUUCCGCUCGUGUUUGACUUCCACCACGACUUGCUCCGACCCUCAGCACGCCCGCCAUCGGAGCUCCUGCCCGAGAUCCAGGCCAUCUGGCACAAGAAGGGCAUCCGACCCAAGUACCAUCUCUCAGAACCUCGACCAGGGUCCACCAAUCUGCGAGAGCGUCGCGCGCACUCAGAUCGCUGCGGCUUCCUUCCACCCGAUCUGCCCGCCGAUGCACAUCUGAUGAUCGAAGCAAAGGACAAGGAGCAAGCCGUCCUUGAGCUGCACCGCAUCUACAACCUGCGUCCGGUCAAGCACGAGUCGCUCCGACCGCCAGCUAAAGACAUUGGCGUCAAGACGUCAGGUCGCAAGAGCAAGCUCGGUGGUGAGCGUCUGCCGCGAGAGCCUAAGAAAGGCAAAAACAAGCAAGACCCGGAUGCAGAGGAAGAAGAUGCCGUGCCCGCCCCUCAGGCCAAUCCGAAGAGCCUGUCCAAGGCCGAACGCACCAUCGCCAAGGCCAAGGAGGUGGCCAAGCGGCUAGGUCGAGUCUACACCGGUCCGGGCGCCGACAUCGGCGAGGACGAGGGGAUCGAGCUCGCCCCUCCCAAAUUUGGCGAGGAUGGGUACGUCAAGACGAGCGAAGAGGUGCUGCGCGACAUGCACAUGGAGGCCGAGUGGGUGCGUGCCGAGCUGGCUGCAGGCAGGGAGAGGAGGCCGUUCGGCACCGAGCCUGGAGCAGCAGCCGAUGAGGAUGCGGACGAUGUAGACGACGUAGAUGAAGAUGGAAUUGCAGCAGACGAGGGUGACGUCAAGCCCAAGAAGAGCGGUAAGAAGGCCGCUGCGCCCAAGGUUGCCGCUGCUGCACCCAAGCUGACGGCCCAGCAAAAGAAGCGCGCGAAAGCUGCGAUGGUCGAUGACGGACAAGAGGUGGUGCUGGGGCAAGGCGCGCCCCCGCAAGAGCUCAUCGCGGACCACGAGACGAUUCCCGUCAUAGCAGCGCCCAAUAAGCGCAGGAAGAAGGUCGAUGCAUAG